UCCACAGCCACUACUAGUACAACUGCCUCAUAUUGCCAGAUGUAUCCCUAAAUUAUUUCUAUUCAUCACAUUUUCUUAUACUAUCAAGACGGUUCUUGGUUCAUUGUUUCUGGACUUAUUGUACCUUUCGCUUUCGUUGGUUUUAGCGUAUAGAUACGGGCACCUUCCUGAUGGAGCAUGUCAAUCUUAAUACUACAAAAUGGAAUCCCAAAAAUGCUUCACCCCUGGUCAUACAAUAGACCGUGGUUCUUAUGUUAUCAGUUCAGAUACCGAAGGCUCUUCCAACAAGAAACCACGAAAUAACGCAGCCACCGGGGCUUCUGCUGCUGGGGUUCGUGCUCUCAGCGCGCAGUUGGUUGCAUUCUACUUUAGAGCGCCAAUAAAAGCAUUCUUUCGCACUCGAGUUGAUUACAUGGCAUUUGCCAGGGCUGUCAAUCCACACUCGUCUGAAAGCCGAUGGUCCCUCCAUACUACUACCCCGGGGUUACUUGUCCACGCUGUUCGCACAUAUGGUUGGCGCUUUAUUCCAAAUCAGAUCAUGCCUCCCCUUUUGGCAAAUGCCGGGGUUGGUGCUGUGCUAUAUACAUCAUACCUCCAAGUUCUUGGAGCCAUGUAUGAGCCAGUGUCCCGUGGGGUGAAGCGCAUCUAUCCGCCUGCUAGUCCGUUAUAUACAUUUACAGCUGGAUUUGCGGCUGGAACUAUUCAAUCGAUAGUGGCUGCACCUUUAGAUGCUCUCCAGGUUCGUCUGCGGGCGAAUGACAUACUUGAAGGACAGUAUCGGAGCAUGUGGCAUUACGGCCGACAUAAACUCAAACAGAUCGGCAUUCGUGGUAUCUUUGCGGGUUGGAGUCUGUCAUUCUUGCGUGACGCUUUCGGCUAUGGCGUCUUUUUCUCGUUCUUCGAGUACAUCAAAUCGCAGGCAUACUAUUCAUUUAUCACGGGAUACUAUGGAUCUUUGCGCGCUCAUCAUGUGAACGAGCUGUUGUCUACUCAGUCCGGUGACCGCGGUGUUCCACUUAUCAAACCUCACUAUACUCUGGAGCCAUGCUUCUUGAUGGCCGCGGGCGUUGCGGCAUCUAUAGCCCAGCAAGCAAUACAGCACCCGCUAAGCAUCAUACAGAAUCUUCAUGUUGCUCGACUAGAAUACUUGGAUCAUCAGGCAAGUCUCCACCCUUCCAGGCGGCAAAUGUUACGUCUUUAUUAUCUUGCCUAUCAGGAGACAUACAAACGAUGCAGGAAGAGGGCCACGCGAGCUGGUGGCUGGCGCCAUUGGUUGUUUCGCGGAUAUGUAAGAAAUGCCAUUCGUCAAGUGCCUAGCACUAGCGCUGGAUUGGUGAUAUUCGAGUUGCUGCGUCGUAAAUAUGCCAGUCUGGCAGAUGCCGUGUAUAUUCAAAAAGAUGGAUAUGAUAUUCUUCUAUCAUAGUGCUUCCUCUAUUCCACGUGAUGUAUUUUGAAUGAGAAGAUAAAUCAGCUGAGGAGCUAGUAGUCGAAUAGUGAUCGUAUUAGCCCCGUGGUUGGAAGAUGACGCAGGCGCAGUAUAAAGACUGCGCCAUGAUGUCAAUUAGCUGUCAAAUAUGGAAGCUAAUGUGCUUGUCAAGCCCAAACAAGGGAAAGGAUAUCUGCAAGCUGU